AUGGAUAGAGAUUGGAUGAAAAAGAAUAGAUUGUCAAAAGAGUAUGAAGAUGGAGUUAACUAUUUCAUGAAUUUCGCCAUGCAAAAUGAAAAGGAUCCUACUAUGAUAUCUUGCCCAUGUAUGAAGUGUGGAAAUUUAAAAAAAUUGAAGGUUGUAGAUGUAAGAGGACACUUAUACAUAAAUGGUAUCGACCAAACUUACCAAAAAUGGAUAUGGCAUGGUGAGAGUGUGUCUCAACCAUCAUUUCCAAAAAGAGCUCGCAAAGAGGAUGUAUCAGAUAGGAAUUUUCACAUUGAUAUGGUUAACGAUCUAGAAGAAGAGUUUGCAGAUCGCCCGGAUGAAUUCGUAAGAAUAAUUGAAGAAUCAGAAAAAUCCAUUUAUACUGGGUCCAAGGUUAGCAAAAUGUCAUUUUUGGUUAAGAUGUAUAAUAUAAAGGCUAGGAAUGGAUUGAGUGAUAAUGGAUUUUCACAAUUACUUUCUUACUUAAGCGAUAUUUUUCCUGAAGGAAAUAAUAUCCCAAGUAGUACUUAUGAGGCAAAGAAGAUUUUGCGGUCAUUAGGCAUGGAGUAUGAAAAGAUACAUGCAUGUCCUAAUGAUUGCAUAUUAUUUAGGAAUGAGUUUGUGUUGGCUAAGCAUUGCCCUGUUUGUAAGUGCUCUAGAUGGAAGUUGAAUGAUAAUGGCAAGGAGAAGGAGGGGAUUCCUGCCAAAUUAUUGUGGUAUAUACCACCAAUUCCUAGGUUUAAGCGUUUAUUUCGCAAUACUGAACAUGCAAAAAGUUUGGUAUGGCAUGACGAUAAGAGAAUUAAGGAUGGAAAAAUGCGUCAUCCGGCUGAUUCUCCAUCUUGGAAAAAUAUUGAUGACAUGUAUCCCAAAAUAGCUUCAGACCCUAGAAAUCUUCGACUAGGCCUUUCUGCGGAUGGUAUCAAUCCUCAUAGUUCCAUGAGUAGCAACUACAGUUGUUGGCCAGUCAAUCUUGUUAUUUAUAAUCUUCCUCCUUGGUUAUGCAUGAAACGUAAAUUUGUCAUGUUGUCAUUAUUAAUUUCUGGGCCUAAGCAACCUGGAAAUGAUAUUGACGUGUAUUUGGCACCACUGGUGGAUGAUUUAAAACAAUUAUGGGAAGGAAUUGAAUGCUAUGAUGUAAGAAAAGAUGAAACUUUUACUUUGCGAGGAGUUUUAUUGUGGACAAUCAAUGAUUUUCCAGCAUAUGGUAAUCUGUCUGGGCAUUGUGUCAAGGGAUAUAAAGCAUGUCCUAUUUGCUCAGAACAGACAUAUGGUGUUAGAUUAACACACUGUAAAAAAGUUGUGUACAUGGGCCAUAGACGAUUUCUACAACCUACUCAUCCAUUUCGUAGGUACUCAAAGGAAUUUGAUGGUACAAUUGAAGAUAGAAUUGCUCCCACUCCCAUGACUGGUAUAGAAGUUUUUGACAAAGUUAGUCAGUUGGUGAAUCGAUUUGGGAAGAUUCCCCCAAAUACAAAAGAUAAAGAAAAAGUGAAACAAAAAGGAAAAGGAAAUAAAGGGAAAGGCAAAGGCAAAGGCAAAAAGAAGAAAGUUGUAAAAGUCAAAAGAGUUUCAAAAGCUAAGAACAAGAUUGAAGAUGCUUGUUGGAAGAAGAGAUCUAUUUUUUUUGAGUUGGAGUACUGGAAACAUCUCUUAUUGCGACACAAUCUUAAUGUCAUGCACAUUGAGAAAAAUAUUUGUGAAAGUAUAAUUGGAACCUUACUUAAUAUUCCAGGAAAGACAAAAGAUAGUUUUUCAUCACGACUAGAUCUGUUAGAAAUGGGAAUUAGAACAGAUUUAGCUCCUCGUGUUAAAGUGGGAGAAAAGAGAAAGUUAUUACCAGCAGCUUGUUACAACCUUACAAAGGAAGAAAAACAUCAAGUUUGUGAGUCGUUGGCCAAUGUGAAAGUCCCAUAUGGUUAUUCAUCAAAUAUUCGCAACUUGGUUUCAAUGAAAGAUUUAAGACUUAUUGGGCUUAAAUCGCAUGAUUGUCAUGCUUUAAUGCAACAAUUGCUCCCUAUUGCUAUUCGAGGAAUUUCUCAAACUCAUGUUAAAUCUGCAAUCAUCAGGCUUUGUAUGUUUUUUAAUGCAAUUUGUUCAAAAACUAUUGAUGUAUCGUCUCUAAAGCCAUUGCAGAAAGAAAUUGAGUUAACACUGUGUUUGCUUGAACAAUUUUUUCCUCCAUCAUUUUUUGAUGUAAUGGUUCACUUAACUGUUCAUUUAGUUAGGGAAGUUGAGUUAGGUGGGCCUGUGUAUAUGAGGUGGAUGUAUGGAUUUGAAAGAUACAUGAAGAUAUUAAAGGGAUAUGUUCGAAAUCGAAGUAAACCUGAAGGUUGUAUUGUUGAAUGCUACAUUGCAGAAGAAGCUAUAGAGUUUUGCUCUGAAUAUGUUGGUAAUGUUGAGCCAAUUGGUAUCCCAAAAUCACUAUUUGAUAUAAACAAUGUAUCUAGUGAAGGAGUUGGUGCUGGAAUUGCUACAUUUACAACCAACGAAGAAAUAAGUUUGGCUCACAUAAAUGUGUUGGAGAACACAUCAGUGGUGCAACCUUAUAUCAAUGAACAUCUUGAACACUUGAGAAGUGUAAACACAUCAAGACGGGAUAAGUGGAUACAAGAUGAACAUCAUAAAACUUUUGGGCAUUGGUUAAAACAGAAAGUAGAAGGAGAGCUAUCAUGCGGAACAGUUUCAGAAGAAUUAAAAUGGAUCGCUAGAGGGCCGAAAAAUAUGCCAAUAAAGUAUGAGGGCUAUGUGGUUAAUGGGCGUCGUUUUAACACUAAGACUCGAGAUGAUGUUCGAGUUAAUCAGAAUAGUGGAGUGUCUAUUGUUGCACAAACAAUGAUGGUUUCUAGUUCUAAAGACAAAAGACCCAUUUACGGAGAUAUGUCUUUUUAUGGAACAAUCAAUGAAAUUUGGGAGCUUGAUUACACUAGAUUUCGAGUGGCAGUUUUUAAGUGUGAUUGGGUUGACAGCAACAACGGAUUCAAAGAAGACAAAAUGGGUUUUAAACUUGUGAAUUUGAAGAAAAUAGGCCAUAAAGAAGAUCCUUUCAUUUUAGCAUCUCAAGCAAAACAAGUGUUUUACAUAAAUGACCCCAUAGACGCUAGUUGGUCUGUUGUAGUCUCUGCUGAACCUAGAAACAUGAGAACAAAUAAUGAUUUAAUUGUAGAGGUUGAAGAUGUUGAGGAACUUCAAUUAACUGACAAAUCAUUAAUUGAUCUUGAUGGCUUCGAUUCAAGAGAAGCAACAAUAGGAUCUUAUUAUCGAAAUGAUAUGGAUGGCAUAUGGAUUGAAACUACAUAA